CCUCUCCGCACCACCUCUCUAGGUAAAUGACCAAAAACCUCUGUAAAUUGGAGGAAUUCUAUAUAAAACCUAAUUCUGUUUUUAUAUAAAAAGCAUUUGCUACAGUGAACUUUUCUAUUGUAAAAAUCAAAGGUUUACUUACCAGACGGACGCAAAUCAUUCGUUUCUUCCGUUGGGGAAUAUAUAAGUUUGUUUAAUUUCAAUAGAUUUCAUAAAUUCAGCGAUAACUUUGAAUUGAGGUUCCAACAAUAAAUGGAACAUCGAAUUACAAGUUUUCAAUUUCAUUUAUGAUCACACUUAUAAUGAUAGAUAUUUCAGAGUUCUUGGAUGUGAUCAUUAAUAUAUUAUAUGUUUGAGUCCUUUCAGAAGUUAUCUAAUUCUGCUAUGAACCCUUAAACAAUUAACUACUAACUAAUUGUUGAUCUUGCAAGACCAAAAACUAUAAAUCACUACCCAUUUUUGCAUUGGCUUUAUCAUUAUUGAAUGCUUUUGGCUUUCCAAAAAGGUCGUGGUCACUUUUAAUGAUAACACUGAAUUGUUUAAUUUCAACACGAUUUUGUAUUUUGGUUAUUUUUUCUCGGAUUCGUUUUCCUUAAUUUCUUUCCAUACUACAAUAUGGAUGUCAUAUUUUCUCUUGGGCAUUUCUGUGAAUUAGAAGGCCCUUCAAUAAUCUUUUGUACUCAAAAGCUAUUUCGUUCUGAAUUGGAUGAUCAGUUCGACAUGCCUUCAGAGGCAAGAUCUUCCACAGUGCCAGAAAAUAAUGUUGAGUCUGAAGUUCGGGAAUCUUCAGAAGAUCCUAUGUUAAGUUCAACUGAGUCAUUAUUUAAAAGUGACACUGAAGACAGCAAUCAAAGACAAUCAAAAGCAACUGACUCUCCUCAUAUUCCGUCAGCUGGUUUGACCUCAUCGUGUCGACAAAGUCCUGUUGCACGAAAGUCUGCUUGUGUUACUUGUAGCAUAGUUCUUCCAUGUGAGUACGUACUACCGGAUGUUCCUCCACGACUUAUUUCUCUUUCUACAAAAAACCCAGACAUUGUUUAUAUCUCUAGUCAAUAUCCUCGAAAUCAGAAUCGGUACUCUGUUUUAAGGAGAUUGAUGGUCCGAUGCCUCAGUUGUGAGUAUUCCGUAUCGUCAGAUAUUUCCGAAUCCAUGUCAAACCCGCUAUUUUUUGGGGAUCAAGAAAACGGAUACGUGAUUGCUCAGUCUUUUUCGCUACAUGAUUCGCAUGCUCGUGGUGGUCUGCGACGUUACGCAUUCGUUGCAUUGAGUAAAAGCGAUCAUGAAUUGAUCAAUAGAUAUAGCUUUAUCGUUGAAAAAUUUUCGCAGAUGGUCCAAUUUCUUCGGCUCUCAUCCACAAAGACUACUGCAAACUAUCCCAUGUAUCAUAAAAAAACUCCUUCUGUCAACGGAACAUUCGCUUCACCAACCUCAAAUGCUUCUUCCUUAUCAAGUUCAUCCAAUGUGCCUGGUCAAACACCUUAUGGAAUGUCUCCGAGCAAUGGCACAGCGCCAUCUACAUACUUGUUAUCCCAAAGAUUGCCUUCAUUUAGUUUUUUACGAAGGCGUGACGGAGUAGGAGAAGGUCGGAAUUUGGCCGAUAUCACCUGCUGGGAUGGGGUAUUUAUCGGCAUCCAUAGUUCAUUCAGUUGGAUUCUUGACAUAUGGGAUCGCAUUGACUUGACAUGCUAAAAAUAAUUUAUUGAUAUGAAAAUAAUCUAACUUAUGGGUAUGAAUGGAAUUCAAUUAAUCUGAAAAUGCAAUAGAAAUAAAGUAGAUGUUCCAAAAUUUCAAUCAAAUGUCUCGUCUAAUUUACCAAAAGGUUUAAAAGUAUCUAGGUCUUUCCGUAAGUCAUGAACAUUGGAAAGAUAUUUUGAAAGAUAGACUUGCUUUUCCGCUCGGGUUUUACGGUAGGGUAAAUCCUCCAUAUUGUAAGGUUCCGGAGAUAAAUAAAAAUAAAAAAAUUCAAGGAUUUGUAAACGAGUAUCCUGACUAGUUUGUUUGUGCUUAAAUAACAUGCAAAUAUGGUGUAGACCACCAAUUGACUCAAACAGUCGGACAACAAGAGGACGGUCCACCAUAAUACAUACGAGUGCUUUUAAAGCUGCCACUUGAAGGUUUCUAAUCUGACUUGGUUCCAAUAUCUGUAUAAAAAGGUGUAAGGUGGUUUUAUCCUCAAAAAACAAUUGAGACAUAGGAUGGAUUAAUACCAGGCCUUCAAUAACAUGCAACAAAUCAUCCAUUAAACGUUGAAUGAAGACAUAGUCUUCAAAAUAAGCUUCAUCAUUUUGUUGAUAAUCCAAAAGGCUGUCCAGCGCAUAUAUACAAGGAACAACAGAGUUGUAUAGAUGGGAGUCUUGCAGCUUUAAAAAGAUCUCUUUCGGAAUCUUGUCAUGAAUAUUACUAGGUCGUGCAAUAUGGUAUAGAAUGGAUUCCAAUUGUCGAAGACCGAUACGAAUGAACUUGGGAUUCCGCAUACACAAAUGGUGACGAGCAUUAAUUAAUAAAUCCUCCAUUUCGGCACAUAACUAUAGAAAAAGGCGUUUAUUAAAGAUAUUCUUCUUGUAUUAAAUUACAUCAAGUAUGCUCUGGAAAUAAUAACUUCUUGAAGCUCACUGGUUUAGGGUCUCUACGGUUUUAGGAGGGUGGGGACAUGGAAGAGAACUUGUUUCGAAGUAUUAUCAAGAUGAGUAUUUGUUUUACCAUACUAAUGAAUAUUAAGACAAAGAGUAUAUUCUUAUUGAAAGUUUUUUUAUCAAAUUAAGUGGUACAUAGCUUGUUUCCUAGAAUAAAAUAAAGAUUUCCAAACUUUCCAAAA